UUUACAUCGAACCAAACAACGGAAAAUUAAUUUUGGAAUUAUGUUUUCCAUUGUAAAUUGUUUUCCAUGAAAAUCAUUUUACACUGAAAAUAUUUUACGCCAUACCAAACGGAGCCUAAAUUUGAGACCGCUGCACUUGAUACUGUUGUUGAGAACUUUUUUUCAAGCCAUUGUUGAAAGCUUGAAAGUUCAAUGGCUUGUUUAUCCAGAAUUCCACUGCUAAGAUACUCUUCUCUCUCCUCUUCAAUCCUUCUCUCCAAUUUUGCUCCCUCUCUCUCUCCUCCAAUUUUCUCAGUUCGCAACUUCAGUCUCUCAGCUUCUCUGUCAACGCACAACUCAAAUCAUUCUACUGAUCAGUUUCCCGCUCCUCAAACCUUCAAACCCACUUGGAAACCCUUGUGUUUGUACUACACUCAAGGAAAGUGCACCAUGAUGAGUGAUUCUCUGCACCUCGACAAGUUCAAUCACGAUUGCUCUGUGCCCCUUGAAGCAAAUAUUUCUAAAUUUGUAAAGUUGGGCUCACAAGACGUAGACUAUUUUUUGGUGCUCGAUUUAGAAGGAAAAGUUGAGAUUCUUGAGUUCCCGGUUAUGAUAAUCGAUGCCAAAACAAUGCAUGUUGUUGAUUUCUUCCACAGGUUUGUUAGACCUUCAAAAAUGAGUGAGCAAAGGAUAAAAGAAUAUAUUGAAGGAAAAUAUGGGAAAAUAGGUGUUGACCGUGUUUGGCAUGAUACAGCUAUGCCUUUCAAUGAAGUCAUUCAAGAAUUCGAGGCUUGGAUGUCUAGCCAUGACUUGUGGGAAAAGGAGCUUGGUGGAGCCCUAACCAGAGCUGCAUUUGUGACUUGUGGCAAUUGGGACAUCAAAACAAAAAUUCCUCAGCAGUGUCAAGUUUGUGGCAUGGAGAUCCCCCCUUAUUUUAUGGAGUGGAUUAAUUUGAAGGAUAUUUACUUGAACUUCUAUAAUAGAAAGGCCACAGGAAUGAGGACUAUGUUAAAUGAACUUAAAAUUUCGUUAUUGGGAAGUCAUCACCUAGGGAUCGAUGACACAAAGAACAUAGCAAGGGUGGUACAACGGAUGCUAGCAGACGGUGCAUCAAUACAGAUUACAGCCAGAAGGAACCCUGGAAGUCCCGGAAGUGUUGAAUUUCUUUUCAAAAAUCGCAUUAGGUGAAUAUCAGGUACAAGAAAUGAUGUCCCUCUCUGUGUAAACAGCAACAGUUGCUUCCGUCUUUUUAAGCAUGAAGACAUGGAAAAAAACAAUUACUGAAGGGGAAGAUUUGAAGCUUCUAGUUUAAAUCAGGAGAGAUGCAUACUUUACCAAUUUGUAAUUGAUUUUUUCCCCGUGAGGUAAUGAAAAUAGGAAUUAGGUGACCUUUCUAGCCAGGGUUAUACCUAAUACUAUCUUGUGCAAUAGUAGAAAAUUGAGAAGAAGGAUCACAACUUAUGGACAUAAACGACCUAAGAAGAUGUUCCGCAAUAGCAAUUCAAUCUGGUGCUUUAUUAGAGUCUCAGACAAACGUGAGUCAAGGAGGACUCAUAUUGAGAGAGUAGAUGUGUUGCACGACAAAGUCUCAAUUUUCCAAGUUGGGCAAAAAUUGUCGAUGAUCAAAUUAAUAUCAAUAUUAUCCAUUGUCUGAAUACGAGUAAAGCCUUGGUGGAAAGCACAUGUGAUGCAAAAAUGUAUUUUUUGUCAUUCAUGUUCUUUUAGAUUGCAAACUAUAUAUUGACCUUUUUAGAACUGAUCUAUAUUCAUCUGAAAUUGUAAGCCUAGUUGCGGAAUGUUGGUAAAUAUAAUCUAGCAAAGUUGAGUUUGACAAA